AAAUAAUAAUUAAUAAUUGUAAUGUGGAGUGAGCUAGCUAUCACAUUGUAUAUUUAGUAUAAAAGGCAAAAUAUGGCAAUGAAGUUUCUCAUCAAGUAAUAAUAACAAGUAUCCAUUAUUUCAACAAACUCUUUCUUCUUCUUCAUCAUUAUCAAUGGACAUCGACAAUGCCUUCCACAUGACCGGAGGUGAUGGUCACACCAGUUAUGCGAAAAACUCGUCUUUUCAGGUCUUAUUCUUUCUCAACUGUCUCGUUUUUCAUCUGAAUGGGAGCCAUAACUAACAGUAGUUUUGUUGUCUUUCUUAGAGGAAGGCAUCUGAGAUGAUGAAACACAUAACAAUGGAGACUCUACAAGAUGUCGUUUUCAAAACCCAUCCAAAAAGCUUAGGCAUAGCCGACUUAGGAUGUUCUUCCGGUCCCAACACUCUUUCCAUAAUAAGAGACAUGGUUAGAACCGUAAUUCUAUCUCCCACCACCACUACCUUGCCGGAGUUUCGAAUAUAUCUCAACGACCUUCCCGCCAAUGAUUUCAACACCAUCUUUAGAUCCUUGCCUGAUUUCUAUUGGGACCUCAAUCAAUCUGCAAACCCAUUUGUUUUUGUGGCGGGAUAUCCUGGUUCCUUCUAUGGAAGACUAUUUCCCGCCAAUUCUCUUCAUUUUGUCUAUUCUUCUUAUAGCUUACACUGGCUCUCGAGGGUUCCUCAAGGGGUGUUGUCGAUGAAUAAAGGGAACAUAUACAUAUCAGAAAACAGCCCAACUCAAGUUUCGGAAGCCUACUUUCGACAGUUCAAGAACGACUUUCAGUUGUUUCUUCGAACGCGUGCAGAGGAGCUAGUCAAUGGCGGAAGAAUGGUGCUCAUAUUCUUGGGUAGGCUCGGCCCGAACCAUGUUGAUAGAGGCAACUCUUUCUUCUGGGAAAUUCUUCGUCGAUCCCUUCUCAUUAUGUCAACACAGGGAGAAGUGGAGAAGAAGAAGAUAGAUACAUACCAUGUUCAUUUCUAUGCAGCAUCGAAAGAUGAGGUUGAAGAAGAGGUGCGGAAUGAAGGAUCAUUUGAGAUGGAUAGAUUCGAGAUGUUUGAGAUAGAGAAGGAAGGAGAUAUCGGAGGACGAGGCGUAAGCUAUGGGACGACAGUUGCAAUGACAGUAAGAGCAAUACAGGAAUCGAUGAUCAGCCGUCAUUUUGGGGAAGGGGUGGUGGAGAGGUUGUUUGAGAUAUAUGGAAGAUUGGUAGAUGAAGAAAUGGAGAAAGAAGAUAUUAAGCCUAUCACAUUUCUAGUUGUUCUAAGAAAGAAGGCUAUGGAUUAAGAACUAUGAUCAAUUAGUGUGUUUUUCAUGCAAAUGUUUAAAUGUAAUUCUGUUUGUUUGUUUUUAAGCUCGACUCUUAACUAUUUCAGCUGGUGAUGGUAGACAAAAGAAACCAAGAAUCUACAUAACUUUUCCCUUA